UAAAACCCUGGUCUGCCUUCUGAGUCAUCUUCUCCACUCUAAUAAAGAGGGCUAGCACCGCAAAGGACGCAUACGCCCAAGGGAAAGGAGGCGGUCGGCUUUUGGAAUCACCGGCGAGUCAUGGCUUCAACGGAGGUUGUGGAGGCGGUGCGAUUCGGGUUCAUGACUGAUGAAGAGGUGAGGAGGCACAGUGUUGUUAAGAUCACGAAUCCCAAUUUGCUUGACAUACUGGAGAAGCCAAUUCCCGGUGGACUCUAUGAUCCUGCAAUGGGGCCACUUGAUGAAAAUUCUCCAUGUAAAUCAUGUGGGCAGCGUGCAUACCACUGUCCUGGGCAUUGUGGGCACAUUGAACUUGUUUCUCCGGCCUAUAACCCAUUGCUAUUUAAUACGUUGAAUAAUCUUUUGAACAAGACAUGUUUCUAUUGCUUUCAAUUUCGAACAAGCAGACGAGAGGUGGAGAAUUGUGUUUCUCAAUUGGAACUGAUUGUAAAGGGUGACAUUGUUGGUGCAAAAAGGUUGAGUAUGCGACAAAACUUACAAGACAAGAAAAAUAUGGACUGGGUCUUAUCAGAUGAUAUAGUUGAUCCGGAGGAUAGUCAAGGGAGCCAUACAUCACAUUCUUCAGGAAUAUCUGGUGAUCAGAAUCACUAUGAGCAAAAUAGUCAGGCAUGCUGGGAUUCUUCUCAGCUCACUGAAGCUAUGUCUGUUCUUAAUGAGUUUUUGAAGAAAAAAGGAAGGAAGUGCAAGAACUGUGAAUGCAACAACCCAAAGCUCAAUAAACCAACUUUUGGAUGGUUUCAUGUGAGUGGCCUAUCUGAUACUCAGCUCCGAUCAAAUGCCAUCCGAAGAAGCAGGUUGGAUGUGGCACACAGUGGGGGAGGUGAGGAGAGGCCUUCAUCUGAGGUGGUAAACGCUAGUGACUAUUCGUGGAAGGAUGAUUCUGAGACGGCUGAAGCAAAUUCCUUUAUUGCCGCCUCUGAUACCCCUAAAAAGUCCAGCAAGAAAGGUGUAAAUCAAGCAAGAAAUCAGGGUCUGGAGGAGACAAAUAAUUAUUUUUCAGGACCUCUUUUACCGUCAGAGGUUAGGGAUAUUCUGAGGCGUUUGUGGGAGAAUGAAGCUCCUCUUUGCUCAUACAUGUGUGAUAUUCAGCAGCAGCAAUGUAAACUUUCUGGAAAUGUAGCUGGCUACUCUAUGUUUUUCUUGGAGUCUAUUCUUGUACCCCCAAUAAAAUUCCGGCCUCCAGCCAAAGGCGGUGAUUCUGUGAUGGAACAUCCUCAAACGGUUCUAUUGGGGAAAGUGCUGCAGUCAAAUAUUGCUUUAGGAAAUGCUCAUGUUAACAAUGCUGAGCGUUCAAAGAUUAUCAAUCGCUGGAUGGAUCUUCAACUAUCCAUCAAUGUCUUAUUCGAUAGCAAAACUGCAAAUAGCCAAGCUCAAAAAGAUGGUACUUCUGGAAUUUGUCAGUUCCUUGAAAAGAAAGAGGGUAUUUUCCGUCAGAAAAUGAUGGGCAAAAGGGUUAAUUUUGCCUGCCGGUCUGUUAUAUCUCCGGACCCUUACUUGGCAGUCAAUGAAAUUGGAAUUCCUCCUUACUUUGCUUUAAGAUUAACCUAUCCAGAGAGGGUUACUCCUUGGAAUGCUGGAAAAUUAAGAGGUGCUGUAAUUAAUGGACCAGAAAUCCAUCCUGGAGCUACAACUUACGUUGAUAGUGUAUCAACUGUGAAAUUGCCAUCAAGCAAAAAGAUGCGUGUUGCAAUAUCUAGAAAAUUGCCUUCUUCGAGAGGGUUAGUUUCACAAUCAGGGAAGAUCAAUGAGCUUGAGUUCGAAGGGAAGUUUGUGUAUCGCCAUCUGCAGGAUGGGGACAUUGUGCUUGUAAAUCGGCAGCCUACACUGCACAAGCCGAGCAUAAUGGCUCAUGUUGUUCGUGUAUUAAAAGGAGAAAAAACGCUUCGCAUGCAUUAUGCCAAUUGCAGCUCCUAUAAUGCUGACUUUGAUGGUGAUGAGAUUAAUGUGCAUUUUCCUCAAGAUGAGAUUUCUCGUGCGGAAGCAUACAACAUUGUAAAUGCUAAUGAGCAGUAUAUUGUUCCAACUAAGGGUGAUACUGUGAGAGGCUUGAUUCAGGAUCACAUUGUAGGUGCCGUGCUCCUUACAUUGAAGAAUACCUUUCUAACUCGUAGCGAAUUCAGUCAGCUGCUUUAUGGAUCCGGCGUGUUUGCAGGUGGGCCUGGUUCACUUGCAGGCAAGCAGUCCAGAAAGGUUUCUUUAGUAGAUUCUGAAGGUCUCGUGGAGUCUGUCCUGCCUUCAAUAUGGAAACCAGAGCCUCUUUGGACUGGAAAACAGGUUAUUACAGCAUUAUUGAACCAUAUUACCCGAGGUUGUGCACCUUGUACUGUUAAAAACCAGGGGAAAGUUCCAAAGAAUUAUUUCACUGGUAGCAGUUACAAAAAUGGAGAGGAGGAUGAAGACCAGAAUGCUGAGCAUAACUUGUUAAUUUGGAAGAAUGAGCUUGUGCGUGGUGUUAUUGACAAGGCUCAGUUUGGAAAAUUUGGGUUGGUGCAUACAAUACAAGAGCUUUAUGGAUCUAACAGUGCAGGCAUUUUGCUUUCUGCACUCAGCCGUCUAUUUACAAUUUUUUUGCAGAUUCAUGGAUUCACGUGUGGGGUAGACGACCUUAUUAUAUUACCUCAUUACGAUGUCCAAAGGAAGGAGAAACUUGAGGGUGAAGAUGUUGGUGAAGAGGUUCACUGUGAUUUUGUUAAGUUCAAACCUGGGCAAAUUGGCCAUGAAGAGUUGCAGUUGGAAAUUGAGAAAGUCAUAUGCAGAGACCGAGAAUCUGCAACGGGAGCUUUGGACAUGAAAAUGAAAAAUAAAUUGACAAAUAGGUUAACUAGAGAAGGUUCUCAGAUCCUCAAACAUUUACUGACUGCAGGAUUAUUGAAACCUUUCCCGAAGAACUGCAUCUCAGUCAUGACAACCACGGGUGCAAAGGGUAGCACGGUGAACUUCCAACAAAUCUCUGCCUAUCUUGGGCAACAAGAGUUGGAAGGAAAAAGAGUACCACGAAUGGUUUCUGGGAAGACUUUGCCCUGCUUUCCACCCUGGGAUUUCACGGCUAGAGCAGGAGGCUUUAUUACUGAUCGUUUUCUGACAGGUCUUCGACCUCAGGAGUACUAUUUCCAUUGCAUGGCUGGUCGUGAAGGGUUAGUUGACACUGCAGUAAAAACAUCUCGCAGUGGAUAUUUACAACGUUGUCUAAUAAAAAAUCUUGAGAGCCUAAAAGUUUGUUAUGAUUAUACUGUUCGUGAUGCUGAUGGUUCCAUCAUCCAAUUUUACUAUGGAGAAGAUGGUGUUGAUGUGCACCAGACAAGCUUUCUCAAAAAUUUCAAGGCCCUAGAAGAUAAUCAAGAAACUAUUCUCCAAAAAUAUCGAAAUAGGCGUCAAUUUGAUAGCUACAUCCAAAAAUUGCCUGAGGGGCUUGAAGAAGAAGCAAGGCGCUUUAUUCAAGAGGCAGGAGACCUUUCAUCGGAAAACCAGAAAGCAAGUGGAAUCAAGCACCUAAAUAAAAGCCGCAAGGCGAGAAAGAAGGUAACUGGAAAGGUUCAAGACAAGUUUAUAGAGUUGGUGAAGCAAAAAUAUCUAUCCAGUCUUGCACAAUCAGGAGAACCGGUUGGUGUCAUUGCUGCUCAGUCCAUAGGUGAACCAUCAACUCAAAUGACACUCAACACAUUUCAUCUGGCUGGCCGUGGGGAAAUGAAUGUUACACUAGGGAUUCCACGUCUCCAGGAGAUUUUGAUGACUGCAUCUGAUGUUAUUAAGACUCCCAUCUUGACGUGCCCAUUCUUGCAAUGGAGAUCCAAGCAUGAUGUCGUGUCUUUAGUUUCAAACGUGAAGAAGGUAACUGUAGCAGAUUUGAUAGAGAGUAUGGAAGUUCAACUCUCAAUACAUCAAGCUAGAAUUUAUAAGCUGAAAAUGAAAUUAAAAGAUACCGAGUUUGUGUCAUUAAGAGACAUACAGGAAACCCUCAAAACUGUGUUUCUAAGGGAGUUAGAGGAUGCAAUAGAAAAUCAUGUCAUCUUUCUUUCCAGAGUUAGUGGCAUUAAAAAUUUCAUGUCUAGUUCAAGAUCAGAAGAAUCAAAUGAAGCGUAUGAGGAUGAUUCUGGUCCAAGAGCACAAGAAGAAAUUGAUGAUGAUGAUGCUGAUGAUGAUUAUGACAAGGGAGAUGAUCUUGGUUCAGAUGUACAAAAGAGAAAGCAACAAGCUUCAGAUGAGAUGGAUUAUGAGGAUGAAUCUGAUGUUGACCCUGGUGAAGACGAGGGGUUGGGAAAAGGAAAAAGUGAUGGAGACCAUCUUGAGGAUAUUGACACCAGAAAGGAUGAGGAAACUGAUGACUUUGAUGACAAGGAUGAUGCUUCUAAUGUACAAAAUGUGGAUGAAGUUAUGGCAGAAGCUAAAUCAAGUGGCAAGAAGGACAGAGCAAUAUCAAAAGGAAUUGAUAAGUCAAUAGAAGAAUUAUUAUCUGACAAAAAAAUACGUCGGGCUAUCUACAUGGAAGUUAAAGGAUUGUCGUUUGAAGUCCACUUCACAUUUACAUCAGAACCUCAUGUAUUGCUAGCUCAGAUUGCCCAGAAAACUGCAAAGAAGGUAUUCAUCAAGAGGACUGGCAAGAUUAGUCAAUGUAAAGUAGUACAGUAUGAUCCAGAUGAAAAAACUGUAAUUUGGGACAAUAAGAAAAAACCAAAGAAGGGAGAUGCGGAAAAACAACAGGCUGAUGGAGAGGACAGUGCUUAUUGGGCAGUGAAGGCAUCUGGAGAGGAUUUUAAGUCAAUCUGGGAGAUGCAAGAUGAUCUUGAUCUAAGUCGUCUGUAUUCUAACAAUAUUCAUGCCAUGUUGAAGACAUAUGGAGUAGAAGCAGCCAGAGCAACACUUAUAAGAGAGGUGACACAAGUUUUCGAUAUUUAUGGAGUUAAGAUCGAUUAUCGACAUUUAAGUCUGAUUGCGGACUAUAUGACACACACCGGUGGAUACCGGCCAAUGAGCAGACAUGGAAGUAUUUCUGAGUCAUUGUCGCCGUUCCUCAAGAUGUCCUUUGAGACAGCUUCUAAGUUUAUAGUUGAAGCCGCGUCUCAUGCUCUAACUGACAACUUGGAGACCCCAUCAUCUAGAAUUUGCCUUGGCUUGCCUGUGAAGAUGGGUACUGGUUGUUUUGACCUGAUGCAGAAGUUGGAUAUUUGAUGUAGAGUAAAUACAAAGUUUUUUUUAUCACCAAUCUCCUUUUGUUGUAGUGUUAAACAAAACAAAAUCCGACAUAUACAGGUGAGGCCAAACUGAUCUCAGAGUUACAUUUGGCCUUUAGAGGGAUGUGGUAAAUGUUGUAUUGAUAGGACUGUAGUUUCGAAAUUCUCGAUUUUUUCACUUAUAAAUCUGGUCUGCCCCAUUUUCAUUGUC